AUGGAACGAAUAGAUCGUCUUGUGCGCACAUGGAUCGCCUCAGAGCAGGAGCAGGAGAUCGAGGACACAGUAUCGGAGAUUGCACAGGGAAACGCCACGCUCCUACAUAUAGUGAAGUCUCUUGGUGACUUUCUGACGUCUGAGGAGGAUGACCUACGGACGAAGGGCGUCGAAUUCCUCUCACUCGUCCUGAGCCGGUGUCCACAUGAGAAGCUCAACCGCCAGUCGGUCCGAACACUGGUCACGUUCUAUUGUGGGAAGCUCGAAGACACCGAGACCAUCAUUCCUGCCCUGAAGGGACUGAACACCCUCAGCAAGCUACCGCUGUUUGCGUCAAGCGACGCUGUAGAAGUAGCGAACGCUCUCUUCCAGCAUGUCAAGAUGCGGGUGCUGGUGCAUUCGCAGCGCUUCGUUGUGUACAGCAUCAUAGACAACUUGGUCGCCCAUCACCGAGAGGCUAUGAAGAAUAUGGGAGACGAGUUCCUCCGCGGAUACAUCGGUCUGGCCGAGGGCGAGAAAGACCCACGAAAUCUCAUGAUGGCCUUCGCGAUAGACAAGGUGCUAUUGAUUGAGUUCGACUCGGCGAAGUACAUCGAGGACUUCUUCGGUAUCACCUUCUGCUACUUCCCGAUCACGUUCCGACCACCGCCUAAUGAUCCCUAUGGCAUCACUACCGAAGACCUGAGAUCUGCACUCCGUUCAUGUUUACAUGCUACCUCGUUGUUUGGAAAGCUAGCGGUCCCUCUCUUCCUAGAGAAGUUGAACGCCGGAUCACCCGCCACCAAGAAAGAUACACUUGACACCCUUGACGUCUGCCUUCCCGUCUAUGGCGCGGGAGUCGCAAGAGAGUUUGCGCGUAAAUUGUGGAAUGCGCUGAAACUUGAGAUCUUCCAGCCGACAGAUCCGGUGACAGAAGAGAAAGCCUUGAAGACGUUCCAGGUUCUGAUCCAAACCAUCUACGCUGCGAGUCCUGAAGACAAGGGAACCGAGAACGAAAUCGUAGGUCUGGCCAAGGACGCUUGCGACGAAUGCAUGGAGAUCCUGCGCGAGCCCGAGAAGAGUCAGGCGAAGCAUGCAAUCAAGGUCCUGUGCGCCUUCAUGUCCACGACCCCGUCUGUUUCACGAUACACUCUUGCCAGAGCCGUGCCGCACUUCGUCAAGCUGUUCCUUAACCCGGAUGAGCUGCCCAAUCGUGCGCCGACUCUGCGCCUACUAGCGGAUUUGAUCGAAGCAGCGCGGCAGUCUAUGUCACAGGAUCCCGAGGUCCUUCCCGACGACGGAAACGUGCCACUGCUCCCGUAUAAGGACGAAGUACUCGGUAUCUUGACCGUGGGGCUGAAGAUGCCUGCGUCCGCCUACCCCGCGAUUGAUGCCUUGAAGAGUAUGGUUCUCACCCCCGGCCUACUGACUCACGAAGAGCUCGGAUUCAUCGUGCAUAACGUCGACGAGGUCCUGCAGAAGGACGAAGAAGAAAGCGACCUGAGCGACGUCUCGCUUGACCUCCUCUCCACCAUCUCUUCGUUCGCGCCGUCGCACGUCUCUGGAAACACGCUCCCCAUGCUCUUCACCGCCCUCCCGGAUCGCGCGCCUCCCCGUGACGCGGAAGCGGAGCGCGUCAAGUAUUGGCGCACACUGGCGGCCCUCAGGAAGCUCUGUACGCAGCCGGACCUGUUCGAAACGCUUGUCGUGCGGUUCUCCACCAAGCUCGACUUGAUCUGCGUUCCCUCCUCUCCCAUAGCGGAAGGGGAGGAUCGCGAGCCUUCUGCGGCGUACGCGCACUCUAUUCUGAAGACACUUGCGGAUGUCCUGUCCAUAAAGAUAGAGAAGGGACAUACGGAUGUCGUCAAGUACGUCGACCGGCUGGUACCGCGGCUAUACAACUUGUUCAUCUACUCGGCGCUGGCGAGUGAAGAGAGGCCGAUGGUCGCGCCGGAUCCGAGGUUGCUUGCUGUUGCGGCGCAGAUCAUCACGCUAGUCACACAGUCGCUGAACGCUUCGAGGCAGGAGACCUUUGUCAAAGCCGUAUUCGCCGCGUACCUUGAAGGUGACGUCUCUCAUCUCGUAGAUGGCGUGCAGAAGAUUCCUGCCGACAAAACAUUUAGGCCGUUUGAGCCUUCAGCUCCGACCUCUCAGAGAAACCUUUUGGUGCUCUUGUCGGCAGCAGUCGUGCCUCUCUACAAGGAGGUGACGCUGCCCGUGCCGGACGAGACCAAGUUCCUGGACAAUUUGCUGCAGUGGAUUCCUGUGCACGCGGAGAAUGCUCCGCAAAGAGAGGCCCUUAUCCACUUGAUCGCCGCGGUGGUGAACAGACAUGCGGACAAACUGGACGAUUUCCUUACGUCUAAUGUGCAUGUGUUUUGGUUGUCGCAUAUCGCUGACUCGUCGGUCUCAUCCGAUUCGCGGAAGAAUGCCAUAGUCGUAUUCAAAUGGAUCACGAAAGCACUGCUUGUCCGUGGAUACGUAGACGCGACGAAGAACGUAGAUCGGCUGUUGGAGCUCUUCGAUGACGAGUGCGUCAGCUGGGAUGCGGCUCGCGCGAUCGGCAGAAUUCCAGGGACCGAUAAAGUCUUAACCAAAAGAAACCAUGCGGUCAUCAAGAUUCUGUACGCGCAGAAAUACACCAAUUCGGUCCUCCCACGCAUCAUCGAAGGCGCAAAGACGUCACAAUCGUCACGGCAGAACGCUUAUCUCGUCGCACUUGCUGCGCUCAUCAAGAGCGUGCCAAAGUCCACGUACGCGGACCAGAUGCCCUCCCUUAUGCCUCUGCUGUUGAGGGGCCUCGAGCUCCCCGACAACGAGAUCCGGGCAGGCGUGAUUGAGACACUUCAGGCGGCCGCGACGUCAGAUGACAAGGAGAACAACAUCGUCACUGAGCAUGCUGCGAGCCUAGUAUCUACGAUGCUCAAGAACAGCUUGGUAUCGCAGAUGCCCUCUGUGAAGGUUCGCGUGGCCGCGCUGCGAUAUCUCGCGACGCUACCGAGCGUUGUAAGAUACGACGUGCUCCACCCACAGAAGGCGACCGUAAUCAGGGAGUUGGCCAAGGCUUUGGACGACCCGAAGCGUGCGGUGAGAAGGGAGGCUGUAACAGCACGGUUCAAGUUCACAGGCUAG